CGCUGGUAGAAUGGAGGUUGAUCAUCUAGAAGUGGUGGCGAAAUUUGAGGAUCCAACAAUAAUAAUUCAGACCACGACUGCCGAUGUCGUAGGACACAACAAUAAUCAAGGUAGCAAAUACUUUGUAGUAACUGAGGUUCCAGAAAAUCCUGCAAACCCAGCGGUGACUGCCGAAACGGAGGCACUUGACGCUUCCGCUGGAAUUGAUCAAAAUAAAUCAUGGGGUGAAAUCUGUAGGAUAUGCGCUAAUACCAAUGAUUAUUUGAUCCCAAUUUUUCAAGGCGAAGGCCUUGAACAAGACCUUCACAAUAAGAUACAGCAAUAUUUACCAAUUCAGGUGUCUGAAGAAGACAAUCUGCCUCUACGUCUAUGUUACCAUUGUGCGAGUAUACUUCUGGCAUGGCAUGAAUUAGUCGAGGGUUGUUUGGAAGCUGAACGGACUCUUCUGCAAAUGGAGAGUGAAUUAAAACAAAAAAAUCAGUCAGAAGCGCAGCUUGCUGUAAGAGGAGAUUGCGAUGAAGAGGCGACUACAAUUGAUGCUAGAAGGUCCCGUAGAAUCGAGAUGCCAUUCAAAGUAUUCCUAGAAAGGCAAAAUAUGUUUUGGAGACCAUACGAAAAAUCAAACCUGAAAGGUAAUAAGAAACCUGUUAGUGAAGAUGAUACCGAAUCAAUAUGGAUUGCAGUAACAGAGUCUGCCGUCGAACAACCUCCAAUAGCAUCUGAUCCACUGCAACUUGGUGAUAUGUUAUUACAACAAGAUAGUCACAUUCUUCAUCAUACGGAAUCGACUCAAAAAUGUCUGAAAUCAGAUUUCAGAGAAACAAUAAUGGAAAACAAUGGAGUUGAUAAUGAAUGCGUAGAAAAUAUGAUCCAUUCAAAACAGUCCACAGAUUACCUCAACAUUCAGAAAGGUAUACCUGAUAUCCAAGGAUCAUACCAAUGUACCGAAUGUAAAAAACAUUUCAAGUUGAAAGACUCAUACCAAAGGCAUAUUCGAAUCCAUACGAACGAACGUCCUUUCACUUGUCACGUUUGUGCAAAGCAAUUUCGCGAUUCAGGUGGCUUAUCUAGGCAUUUGAAAGACGUCCAUGCCAAGCUCAAAAACUUUUCCUGCGAUAUGUGUGGAAAGUCCUUCGCAUCUAAGGCCACCAGAGAAGACCACCGACGCACACACACGGGCGAAAGACCAUACAUUUGCGAGUCAUGUGGUAAUACGUUCAAGUCCAAAGCGUCGCUUUAUAUACACAGCAAACUCCAUACCAAUGAGUUUCCACAUCCAUGUUCUUAUUGCCAUAAAAAGUUUCGACGCAAGCAAGAAAUGUUGGCACAUAUAUCAACACAUACUGGAGAAAAAAAUCAUGCCUGUGAAGUGUGCUCAAAGAGGUUCAGAGUAAAAUCCGAACUUGUGAGGCAUCAACUCGUUCACUCUGAAGAAAAACCAUUUGUUUGUAGCAAAUGUGGUCUAGCUUUUCGGCAGAAACGGUACUUGAACAAUCACGUUAAAAGCCGGCAUAUUGAUACUUCAUAAAAAUUCUGGCACGAGCGGCAACCGUCAUAUUUUCUAUUUAACGUCAAUAGUGUGGUCGGAGACGAGUUUUUCAAACGUCCUGCGUUUAUUAUGCUUUCAGUUUUAUCUUUAACAGAUUAAAAUUCUUAGUGGCGUUUGUUUCGAGUAGCUCAAAAGAUACAUACGUCCAGAAAUUCUUCCCGAUAUUCCAAAUCUAAUAAUUCAGGAUACAAAAUAUAUAGGGAAACACGUUCCUCCUAGAAUAAUCAGACAAAUCUCAGAAAUUGAAGGUUAUGAUAACAGGAAAAUAACUACAAUCCAUAAGAACAACAAAGAGAAACAUUGCUGAAAUUUUGUCUGUGUAUGUACGGCAAAACCAGGAGAGCAAAGAAAACAAAAUCAUC